CAGCUUGCGCAUUCCAACUUGCGUCCUUGCAUCCUCAUCACACCUGAUCCUGCUGGCUGGCACUGGCUUAUGGACGGCCCAACUGUAGGUAGCUCGUAGCUGCCUUAGAUCACUCACGAAAUCGUUAAAAUCAACGACGUGCCUCGCGGAGGCUAGAAGGCGAGGCAGGUCCCAGGUGGCUCUGGAUGGGAUGGUUGUCUUGAGCUUCGACAGCGCUCCUACUGCGCAGUCAUCCGACCCUUAUGAAUGGCAAACGCUCUCCGAUUCGCCCUUCUUCCUUGAUCGGCCAGAAGCACUGGGCGGUAGCUGGAGCCUGCUUCAGGAUGCCAAUAAUGUUCGGUCACAUAGCUCAUCAAAAGUAGCCUAUUAUUUCCCCAAAGGGGUGGGCGACUACCACUUUGGCGAGCGCCAUCCCAUGAAGCCAGCUAGACUUACCAUCACCAAUCGACUUGUCUUGGGAUACGGGCUUCACAAGGACAUGGAUGUUUUUACACCUCGUAUGGCAUCGAGAGAAGAGCUCGAGUGGUUUCAUGAUGAAGACUAUGUCGAGUUUUUGAGCAGCGUGACGCCCAGCACCCCCCUGUCGGCAGCAUUCACUCGGUUCAACUUUGCUGACGACUGUCCAGUGUUUGAUGGCAUGUACGAUUUUUGCCGAUCAUACGCGGGCGCUUCCCUGGCGGCGGCAAAGAAGCUCUGCUCUGGCACUGCAGACAUUGCCAUCAAUUGGAGCGGCGGCCUGCACCAUGCAAAAAAGUCUGAGGCAAGCGGGUUUUGCUAUGUGAAUGACAUUGUUCUUGCCAUCAUGGAGUUGCUCAGGUACCAUCCACGAGUGCUCUACAUCGAUAUUGACAUUCAUCAUGGGGACGGCGUCCAGGAAGCCUUUUACAAUUCCAACCGCGUUCUCACAGUCUCUUUCCACAAGUACGGCAAUGACUUCUUUCCCUGCACUGGCGCACUCAGCGAGGUCGGCACCGGUCUCGGCAAGCACUUUUGCUUGAAUGUUCCCUUACAAGACGGAAUUGACGAUGGCGCGUACGUGUCGCUCUUCAAAAGCAUCAUUGAACCCUGCAUCACCACGUUCCGGCCCGAGUCGAUCGUCCUGCAAUGCGGUGCAGACUCAUUGGGCCUGGAUCGUCUGGGUUGCUUCAAUCUCUCGAUCGCCGCGCAUGGGGAGUGCGUCCGCUUCGUUAAGUCAUUCGGCCUGCCCCUACUCGUGCUAGGCGGUGGAGGCUACACUGUGCGCAACGUCGCGCGCUGCUGGUCUUACGAGACGGCCGUGCUGACGGGCCGUUGCAUCCCGGACAAGCUUCCCUCGACAGAGUACGACGCGUUCUUUGGGCCGAACAGACGCCUGCACGAGCCGCUGCAGGCGGGGCGCGUCGAGAAUCAGAACCCGCGGGUAGCGCUGGAAAAGAUUCGGAUCGAGGUGCUGGAUCAGCUGCGAUACAUGCACGGCGCGCCGUCGGUGCAGAUGCACGAGCUCCCGCCGGACUUGUCCGGAGCCUGGCUGGAAGAAGACAAUCUGACCAAGCCAGAAGGUUGAUGACAGAGCGUACCCGUGCUCUUUUGGAACCCGCGAUGUUGGCACCCCAAAAAGGCCACCGCUUGAUACCCUUGCCCCCAGGAUUUACUGUAUCUCUAUGUCGCGCCUCGCGUCUUCUGUAGCAUAGAGCAAAGCGCAAGCCAUACGCGGCCAUAUACCUGGUCCAC